AUGACUGGUACUUCAUCUUCUGGAGCAUCUACUGCAAUGUCGUCCUCCUCUCAAUCUGAAAAUGUGUUGAAGCGUAGCUCGGAUGAUGUGGGAUGUGAAUAUGGGAUCUUGGCAAAUCCUACAAACACAGAUAAGAAGAAACAAAGGGAUAAGCACAAUGUGGAAGUGAGGGAAGAGGUGCAACUUCAACAAAUUCAAGAAGAAGAAGAAUACAUUAAAGUGAUUGGGUCAAGGAAAAGGCCUCGCACUCUUGGACCUAUGGAUAGGUUUGCAUCCGCCAUCAAUCCUGAUUAUUCAAAUGAGGGAAGUAAGAAGACUUGGCAACAAAACAUCCAUGAUGCAAUUUGGAAGGAAAGAGCACAUCAAGUGGAUCAAUAUGUGGCUCGAUGGGUGUAUGAAGCCGGUAUUCCUUUCUAUGCUAUUGAUAAUGACAGCUUCAAGCGUGUGAUGGAAGCGGUUGGUCAAUUUGGCCCGGGUUACCUACCUCCAAGCCAAUACGAAUUAAGGGAGCCAUUAUUGAAAGAAGAGCUAGAAAGAGUAAAAAAGUCACUCAAGAAACAUGAAGAAGAGUGGGCUUUGAAUGGUUGCUCAAUCAUGACCGAUGCUUGGAGUGAUCGAAAAAGAAGAAGCAUAAUGAAUUUAUGUGUCAAUUGCAAGGAAGGCACCAUAUCUCUUUCUUCUAAGGAAUGCUCUAGUGAAGCACACACCGAAGAAUAUAUCUUUGAAUAUGUUGACAAGUGUGUUGAAGAAAUUGGGCCUCAAAAUGUGAUUCAAGUGAUAACCGAUAAUGCUUCUAACAAUAUGGCGGCGGCAAACAUGAUGAAGAAAAAGAGGCCGAAUAUGUUUUGGACAUCAUGUGCCACUCAUACUUUGAAUCUCAUGCUUCAAGGGAUUGGUAAUCUCCCUAGGUUCAAAGGAGUUAUUGACAAGGCAAAGGCUUUCACCAUCUUCAUUUAUGCACAUCAUAAAACUUUGGCAUUGAUUAGGAAGCAUACCAAGAAAAGAGACAUAAUAAGGCCCGAAGUCACUAGAUUUGCAACUUUUUUCCUCACAUUGCAAAGCUUGAUGGAUAAGAAAAAAAACUUGAAGGUUAUGGUUGCUAGUGAAGAAUGGGAACAAUGCAAACAUGUCAAGACUACAAAGGGGAAAACGGCAUAUGCUACUAUAUUGAGUUCACAUUUUUGGAGUGGGGUCUUACUUUGCUUGAAAGUAUUUGAGCCUUUAUUCAAGCUAUUUCGAAUUGUAGAUGGGGACAAGAAGCCAUCAAUGGGCUUUUUGUAUGGAGAGCUACAAAAAGCAAAGAUGGAGAUUAAAGAGACAUUCAAGAACAAUGAGGCCAACUAUCAACAAAUUCUUCAAAUUAUUGAUGAAAAAGCUCGUGAGCGGCUUGAUAGUCCAUUGCAUUUGACGAGCUACCUCUUCAACCCUUAUUAUUUCUUCAAAGAUCAAAGCAUACAACAUGAUCCAAUUGUCAUGGAGAGGAUUUUUACUUGUGUUGAGAAGUUCUUCCCCGAUAACUAUGAGGUUCAAAACCAAGUGAUAAACGUUGAGAUGCACAAGUAUAGAGUAAAAGAAGGUGGAUUUGGAAGACAUUUGGCCGAACUUGGAUGCGUUGAGAAUAAUGAAAACUAUAAUUCGGUUGCAUGGUGGUAUAAUUAUGGAAAUGGUGUGCCUCAUUUGCAAAGGAUAGCUAUAAAGAUACUCUCAUUGACUACAAGUUCAUCCGGUUGUGAACAAAAUUGGAGUUCUUUUGAAGGUAUACAUACAAAGAAAAGGAAUAGACUAGAUACAACAAGGUUAAAUAAUUUAGUCUAUGUCCAAUUUAAUGCAAGGAUUAUGAAUAAGAAGAAAAGAGAGAAUGAGAAGAAAGUGAACAUACUACUUGCAAGUGAAGCUAGUAUGGCUCAAGGAUGGAUUGUGGAGAGUGGUGAUGAAGAACUUGAGCUUGGCUCAGGAAUUGGAAAGACAUCAAAGGUAGGUAGUUCCCUAGAGCCUAGGGGGAGUUCUAAAAAUGUUGAAGUAAGAGAACUUCAUGAAGAAGACUUUAUAUCAGAUAAGGACAUGGAAGAAGAAGAAGGAGAUGAUGAAGAAAUUGAGUUCGAGUCUGACACAGAGAGAGUCUUGGAGGGAUAUGGUGAAGAAGAGUUUGAUGCCUAG